AAGAUUGGCUGUUUGGACAUAAAUAACUACCGCCUACCGAGCCUAGCGGAUCGGACUUUACAGGGGCUAAAACAGGUCACUCGAUGUCAUUCUUUUGUCCGAAGGGGCCCAGACAACCAUCAGCCGCACCGGUCACUCUUUGGAUCUCUUCAACCUUGUCUUCACCUCUUUACUAUUCACUUGUCAUUCUGGCACAUGGGUUCAAUCGGCUUUCGAUUGUCAUCAAUCUACUGCAACAUGACUAGAAGUGUAUAGCUUCAGCAUAGCUUCAUGUCGUGAAGCACUGCACGAGAACAGACCGCCAUAUCAAACGCCAAGUCUCUGGAGCCAAUUAUACCUCAUCAUGGCCUUAGGCUCUCACCAUGACGGGCUCACGCGGCUUACCCAUCCAAUAUAUACCUUGACGGCGGAGCCCACAGUAUUCUCUACUAUUUCCUCGUUCGAAUCCUCGGCGAGUCCGACCAGUGACAACUACCACCUCCCUACAGCGGUCACCUCACUCGACGUCGGACCUACUUCUGCCAUUGUCGUGGUUGAGCCGAGCCCGGCGACUGCACAGCAAGGCGUUAUCGUUCAUGAUUCGGUAGCGAAGGAUUCUCUGCAGGCAGAGGAGAUGGGCGGCACCAAGACGAAGGUCACUAUAGGUGUCCUGUCCACCAUCAUAUCUUAUAUGUGCCUAAACAGCAUGUACAGAGAUACGAAUCCAGAGGCGUUCAUUUGGCAAGAUGAGGACUGGGAAGAUUCGAGUUGGAUGGCCACAUCCAAGUCCUGGCUUGAUCGGAAAUGCUGUCGGUGGAUUGGAGUGUGCGGCGGUCUACACAUGCACUGGGUCUCCGCGACCGACAUAUUCGGGCAUCGACCUCUAGUGGACGGCAAAUCGAAAAAGUUGGUCGACAAGCGACCCAAAUGGGAUUGGCAACAUGCGUGGACAGAGGGCAACGACAGGCCCGAAGAUUGGGCCGACGACGAGCGCGUCCUGAGGGAAAUCCCGGACUACGUGAUGGAAUACGCUCCACUUGUCCACCUCUAUUCUGGAGAGCAGUUUUGGCCUUGUGAUAUCGCCGAACAUCUGUACCACAUCACACCAACGCUGAACUAUACACCAGUGAGGUCGGGGCAGGACCAUCUAACCCUGCAGAACUUGGAUAGACUCAACGAAUAUCAGCCCCCUCGAUGGGUCUAUUUGACCAGCAACGACAACGUGGAAGAACGACCAGCGUGGUUGGAGGGUGAAAAGAACAUCCCUAGCGAGCCAUCAGACGUGAAUGACCUGUUUGAAGAUAAUGAUGGCUGGGUCCACAAACCAGGUCGAACGUAUGUUCAGGGUAUGAAGCAUGCCAUAUCUGACUUGAAAGACUGGCUCACGCCCGAAGUUGGGGAGGGGAAUAGUGCGGACGAUUUUCGCGCCUCCGAGACUGCCCAAUCAGAGCAGGACGAGGAUGCACGCCGGAUACAUCAAGAGUUGAAACGCUCAACAACUCGAGAUCACACGCAGGAGAAAUUCCGCGGUGGUCGAAGCGGAGCACCUGCCGUCCUGGUGACGGUCAACAAGGGUCAUGGCAUUGUCGACGCCUUUUGGUUCUUCUUCUAUAGUUUCAACCUGGGCAACGUGGUGCUCAAUGUCCGGUUCGGCAAUCACGUGGGAGACUGGGAACACACCGCUGUUCGGUUCCAGCAUGGCGAACCCAAAGCUGUCUUUUUCAGCGAACACAACUUCGGCUCGGCUUACACCUACGAUGCCGUCGAAAAGCUUGGAAAGCGGCCUGUCAUCUAUUCAGCAUAUGGAACUCAUGCCAUGUAUGCCACUCCAGGGACACAUCCCUAUGUCCUGCCUUGGGGCAUAUUGCACGAUAUGACCGACCGCGGUCCUCUGUGGGAUCCGGCGUUGAACUCGCAUGCUUAUACAUAUGACUACAAGACAGAGAACUUACGAUCUUCCAACCUGACCCCCAGUGCACCAACAGAAUGGUUCCAUUACGGUGGUCAUUGGGGUGACAAGUUCUACCCGCUGGGUGAUCGCCGGCAGUAUCGAUUUGCUGGCCAGUACCACUAUGUCAAUGGACCUUACGGUCCCAAAUUCAAAAACCUUGCACGAAAGAAAAUCUGCCAGGGCCCGGAAUCAGCACCUUGUGUCAUCAAGAACUGGCUCGGUUUAUCGGACAAGAUUGGACAUUUGCAUCUUGCGAACGAGAAUGAGGAGGAAGACCUGUAAAGUAACGACCGACAUGAACAUGGCGUCCCGGCUUUAUCAUUAUUUGAUGGCUAGCAUCACGAUACCCUUUGCGAGUCCUUUUUGGGGGGUUGUUCAGGAUUGCAUUUCUUGAUACCCAUCCCGCAUAGACCUGGAUACUGGCUCUCCUAAGGUUUGUUGCACUACAGAAGUACUAGUAUAGAUGAGAAUGAAAGCCAUUUUUUAUCAA